ACGUCCAACGUUCGCACGCACCGUUCAGCGGACGUUAAAUUCAUUUCGUUUUUUUCAUUUUAUUUUCAUCGUUUCGUUUCGUUUCAUUUUCGACCCUCGGCGAACGUUCGUGGCCACAAUCAGGUGUGGGAGGAGUUACCUGCCUCAUCAAGGAGAGGACACACCCACUCUGCGGUUGGUGUGAUUGGCUCCAUCUGGAGACAGGGUUCAGCAAACCCUUUGGUCAAAUAUGGCACUGACACCCAAAACACACUCAGUUCCUUUGAGCGAUGGAAACAGCAUCCCUUUGAUUGGACUGGGUACCUAUUCCAAUCCUCAAACCACUCCCAAUGGAACCGCCUUGGCAGCUGUCAGAUGGGCCAUCGAGGUUGGGUACAGGCACAUUGAUGGAGCCUUGAUCUAUUGCAACGAAGACGAAGUGGGUCAAGCAAUCCGAGAGAAAAUUGCAGAUGGGACUAUAAAGAGAGAGGACAUCUUCUACUGUGGAAAGUUGUGGAACACAUUCCAUCCCCCUGAGUUGGUGCGUCCUGCUUUGGAGAAAACCCUGCAGGCAUUACAGCUGGACUAUGUGGACUUGUACAUUAUAGAAAUGCCCACUGCUUUCAGGGUUCGGCACAGGUUUUGUGACAUGCAUAGGGUCAAAAAUCUUAUUUGUGAGAUGUCGUUUGCCAAAUUGAAAGGUCCUGUUCCAUUUUUGAAGCCAGGAGAUUCGUUCUACCCACAAGAUGAGAACGGGAGGUGUGCUUAUCACAAGACAGACCUCUGCGCCACGUGGGCGGCUAUGGAAGCUUGUAAGGACGCUGGGCUGGCAAAGUCAAUCGGCGUAUCCAACUUCAACAAGCGCCAGCUGGAGCUGAUCCUGAACAAACCUGGGCUGAAACAUAAACCAGUCGCAAACCAGGUUGAAUGUCACCCGUACUUCACCCAGCCGAAGCUGUUUGAAUACUGUCGCGAGAAGAACAUCGUGAUUGUUGGUUACAGCCCACUUGGCACAAACAGGGAUCCAUCGUGGGUAAACUUAGAAUGCCCCCCGAUGUUAGAGGACAAGCUUCUGACCUCAAUUGCCCAAAAGUACAAAAAGACCACAGCGCAGGUGUGCCUCAGGUUCAACAUGCAGAGAGGAGUGGUGGUCGUCCCCAAGAGCUCCAACCUGGAUCGCAUAAAAGACAACUUCCAAGUUUUCGACUUCUCUCUGUCAGAAGAGGAGAUGAAGGCGAUCGAGGGGCUGAACAAGAACAUUCGCUUUGUGGUACUCCCCUUUUGGGCUGAUCAUCCAGAGUACCCCUUUCAUGAGGAAUACUGACACCCCAAACAAUUAAUAAAAAUAUUCAAAGCAGGAUUAUUGAUAUCUUAUUGAUUCAACUUCACUUGGGGAUAUUUUUUUUCUUGUACAAAUAG